GAACUCUAUGCCUGGGCAUCACUAGAACUAGAAGUUCUAAUGACAACAUGAUCAUCAUUGGGACUGUUUCUAUGCAGCGAUUUGUACUUCCUCCCACUCUUCGAUUCGUCUCUUCGUUCCAUCACUCAUGGCUACCAUAUAUACCAGUAAACCCGAAGCCGUUCUUGAACAACUUAACCGGAAAGACGGUUAUCGUCAAGCUCAAAUGGGGAAUGGAAUACAAAGGUUUCCUCGCCUCUGUUGACUCCUACAUGAACUUGCAGCUUGGAAACACUGAAGAAUACAUUGAUGGACAAUUGACAGGAAACCUCGGAGAGAUCUUGAUCAGAUGCAACAAUGUUUUGUACGUCCAAAGUGUGCCAGAAGAUAAAGAACUCGGAGACGCUGAACAAGACUAGCCUGUGCCCGUGGACUUAGAAAUAUCCACCAGUCUUGUUGUAUUUUAUGAGCAUCUUAACCCACGUUGUGAGAUUUCAGCUUUUUUAGCUGUUGUUGAAUCUCUUGAUACCUUGAUUAUAUGUAUUGCUUUCCCCUAA